GUCCGGGGCGGCUGUAGUGUGCAGCUCGUCGCUGACUUCAGGGUCUCAAAAGGUCCGCUGAGGGCUGCAGCUUUCACCCACCUGGCCCUCAGGAAGAGGAGGGCGUCGCUUUGGUUCCAGACGGCGGUAGGAGCAGCUCAGCGUGCUCUCUACCCCUCACGGGUGACAGACAACCAGCUCUCUGGAAUUUCGCUUCAGCUAGUGACCUUGAGCCCAGGGCGAAGCCCAACUUAUAUCUCCUGGCGCAGGAACUUGGUGAGAAUGUCAGUAUAAGGAAAAACUUUCCAUGGUCCAGCCAGUGUACAUCCAGAGAUGUCAGUGUAAUACCAGUGGCAGACUGUGUCAGUCAGUGAACCAGCCAUAUCCUGAAUGACUCCUAAAAUCUCAUGGACUUCUAAAGAAGUACCAUGGCCUGUACUGCUUUCUUGAUUUCUGGGUUGUUGCGAGGCUAUGUGGGAGCAGUCUGCACUCGGGCUGCUGCUUCGAAGUUGACAUCCAGCACUUCUCGCCCCCUUACUUUCACGAGCAUAAUGAAAUCCAAAAGGAAAACUGAUCACUUGGAGAGAACUGCAAGUGUCGUUCGCCGGGAGGUGGUGGCAGCGGCUAAGGUGUGUGGAGCUGCCAGUGAGUCGCCUUCAGUGAAGAGCCUCCGCUUGCUUGUUGCGGAUAAAGACUUUUCCUUUAAAGCUGGCCAGUGGAUUGAUUUCUUUAUUCCAGGAGUCUCUGUAGUUGGUGGGUUUUCAAUAUGCUCAAGUCCCAGACUGCUAGAGCAAGAGAGAAUGAUAGAAUUGGCAGUGAAAUAUACAAACCACCCGCCUGCUCUCUGGAUUCACAAUAAGUGUACACUUGACUCUGAAGUGGCUGUGAGAGUGGGUGGAGAGUUCUUCUUUGACCCUCAGCCCACAGAUGCCCCUAGAAACCUCGUGUUGAUUGCAGGAGGAGUUGGAAUUAACCCCCUGCUUUCCAUCCUGCGGUACUCAGCAGAUCUCCACCGUGAGCGCGCAAACAAAGGAAGUGGAUAUGAGAUAGGUACAAUAAAACUAUUCUACAGUGCAAAGAACACCGGCGAACUCCUGUUUAAGAAAAAUAUCCUCGAUUUAGUAAAUGAAUUUCCUGAGAAGAUUGCUUGCAGUUUGCAUGUUACAAAACAGACUACACAAAUCAGUGCAGAACUUAAGCCAUAUAUCACGGAAGGAAGAAUAACAGAGGAGGAGAUAAAAGACCACAUUUCAAAAGAGACUUUGUUCUAUAUUUGUGGCCCACCUCCAAUGACAGACUUUUUCUCCAAGCAACUGGAAAACAACCAUGUUCCCAAAGAACACAUUUGCUUUGAGAAGUGGUGGUAGGGAGCCGGCAAAGGUACAAAAGAGAAAGAAGCAAGAUC